CUUUGUUUUAAAAAAUAUAUAUGCAUGUAUAAAUAUACAGGACAACAAAAUUGGAUACAAAUCCAUAAAUGUUGUCAUAGAAACAUUCAUAUAUAAAAUCUCUUUUACCAUUAAAAUUAUCCCUUCAUUAUAUUCCAUAUUUAUCUCAUGUACGUUAAUUGGGAAGCAAAAUCUAUACAAGCAAUUGAGACAUUAAAAUGGUAUCCAAUAACAAGAGUAAUCGAAUAUUUGCAUGAAUUGCGUCGGUUUAUUAUUGAGACACCAGGGAAAUACAGUGCAAGUUAUCUUCCUCAGCUCAUUAAAACUACAUCAGAUACUAUUGUUGAUAGCACAUCAUUUUAUAUACUUCCUGCAUCCAGAAAUAAACGAUUCCCGAGUGAUAUGAUUUAUAUCUGUGAAGCAGUUGGGGAUUGGAGUCUCAAGUUAGAUAACUUGGCAUUAGCAGCGAAUAUUAUGGUUCAUACAAAUAGACUCGAUAGAAAGUAUCCUAAUUUUCAGGAACCAGGCCAAGUAGAAUAUUAUGCUCUUAAAUUAAUUAAUGAAUUACUAAGUACUAUUGCAAGCCAAAAGAACUUAUGUAAUCAAUUCAUUUUUGAAGAUAAAUAUGGUUUACAGUGGGAUGAAGAAGAUACCUCCACAUAAGGUAUAAAUGCAUUAGUUUCUCUUUGCACUUUUUUUUUAAUAAAGCUUAUUUAUUCCAAAUACUGUGAAAUAUUAGAAAUAAUAAUCGUAUCAUCAUAUCUACUAAAUGAC